CCCGCUUUGGCUGGUGCAGGCUAGCUCGCCUGCGUUGCUUCGGGCUUCCCUUCUGUGUUUCCCGCCAUUGCCUGCGCUUCCUGAGGAGAAGCGGGUGCUUUCUUGAGAGCCAUCCUGGGAGCCCAGCGGCCCAGCUAAUAGGGAAGAAUGGAUUGGUUUCACUGCAAUCAGUGUUUCCGAAAAGAUGGGGUCCAUUUCUUUGUCACCAGCUGUGGCCAUAUUUUCUGUAAAAAGUGUGUGGCUCUGGAAAAAUGUGCUGUUUGUGGAAUUCCUUGUAAGCAUCUGGCUCUUUCUGAAAAUCUAAAGCCUCAAGAGAAGAAAUUCUUCAAAAGCCCUGUGGAGACAGCUUUGCAGUGUUUUAGUCACAUCUCUCAGGUAUGGCGUUUCCAGAAGAAACAAACAGAUCUUCUUAUCUCCUUUUAUAAGGACAGAAUUACAAAGCUAGAAGCAGCGGUGAAGGAGGCUCAGCAAGCAGUGACCAACCAGGACAAAGAACUGUCAAUCCUGAGAAAGGAAAAUGGAGAACUGAAGAAAUUUGUGGCCAUCUUAAAGGAAUCUCCAGGUUGGAGCCAUGGAAGCAGGUUGACCACACCUCGUCCAGUGGGCAUUACUUCUCCAUCACAGUCAGUUGUUACACGACCCAGUUCCCAGCAAAGCAGCCAAGUGGUCAGCCGCUCCUCUUCCAUGGAGUCUACCCCUUACAGAGUGGCUGACUUUCGUUAUGUGGAGCAAGGAAGCAGAGGCCUGCAAGGAAGGAGCACUCCCAGAGACUCUUACACUGAAACCCCUUCACCAGCUUCAACUCACACCUUGUUUCACAGACCUUCAUCUGCCUCCUUUGGACAAGGGAUUUCCUCUUUUAGACCAUUCCUCAGUGGGGAUGCAGGCCACACAAGAAUCCUCACUCCGAACAAUUCUGGUCAGAGGGAGAACAAAAACACACCAGAAAGCCUGUCAGGUUUUCAGCUUCCAGUCCUACAGACAUUCUCUCAACAGAGGCAGAUGGGAUUAGCCAGCAGGAGUGAAAGAUGGACCACUUCCAGAUAGAGAUCAUCUUCCAGGCUCUAAAAUGGUGGGAUGAGCAAGUGGACUGCCCCAAGCCUGCUCUGUCAUUGCUGAAAUGUCAAGAUUGUCCUCGGCUGGAAAACAAUAUGUGUGCUCACAGAUGCCAACUGG